AUGCAUAGGGUCUCUUGCUGCAGCAACUUGAGUGGGAGCACCUGGAGCGCCGGCUCAGAACGACAAUCCACGAGUUGUAAGAAAACAGCAGACAAGCCAGACAUGGGGGAAAUCGCCAGCUUUGGUAAGACCAAGCUGAAGAAAACCGAGACGCAGGAGAACACCCUGCCGACCAAAGAGACCACUAAACAAGAAAAGAGGAGUGAAAUUUCCUAA